CCCGUGGAUAGUGAAGAGAAAGAGACAAUCAAGAGAGAGCUUUGGUUUCUAAGAUGACGACCUCUUCAAACCGUGAUCACUUCUUCCAGACCUCUGCUGCCUUAGAUGACCAGGAGCGGAAAGAAGCCAAGUCCAAAAAUGACAAUGGCAAUCCCAUCAAGACACAGAGCAAGAUUCUAGCUGUCUACCCAGACCCUUGGAAUCAAGGAUCCGUUUAUGUUGCGCAAAGUAGUGGCGUGGUGAGGAGGGUCGUGUUGGCGACAGGUGAGACUGCAGCCCUCUACAAGGGCCCCGAAGCUCCAUUGACAAGCCUAUGUCUCAGCCCUGACGGAAAGCUGCUGUUUGCCGGCUGCUGGGAUAAGACCAUCUGGAGCUGGGACGUGGUCUCCCGACAGCCUCGGCAGAGGUACGAAGGACACAGUGACUUUGUCAAGUCUGUGAUUAGUGCGAGGCUUCAGGGCCAGGAUGUGCUGAUCUCCGGGGGUGCGGACGCCAAAAUGUUUGUCUUCGACAUUGCCAGCGGCGAGCGGACCGAGACAUUCAAGGGCCACCUCCGCGGUAUCUUGGACCUUCACAUUGACCCCGAGACGGAGGAAGAUCAGACGACUGUCUUCAGUGCUGGAAGUGAUCGAGAAAUCCGUCAAUUCAAGCUCGUUGGUGGAGGCGACGAGGCCGAGCCCCUUCUUCCACACGAAACCAGUGUGAACAAGCUCUUCUUUGAUGCAGAUGGUGAUAUGUGGACCGCGUCCGCUGAUAAGACGGCAAAGUGCUUGGUACGAGCUGAUAGCUGGAAGGCUAACCUCACCUUGGAGCAUCCUGAUUUUGUGCGAGAUAUCCUUGUCUAUGAGGCUGGAGGCUGGGUGGUAACUGCCUGUCGCGACGAGGAAGUUCGAGUAUGGAAUCGAUCGACUGGUCAACUUCAUCACACCUUCUCGGGCCAUUUUGAAGAAGUUACUGGCCUGGCACUGGUUGGGUCAACUGUUGUUAGUGUGGCCAUUGAUGGCACCAUUCGGCAAUGGUCUCUUCGGCCCGAAGAACUGCAGCAGGCCGUGGACUUGGCUAAAAAUGGCCCCACGGAAGAGGAAGAACCGAAUGCUGAACCCAUGCUCACAGAAGAGGAGGAGCGGGAGUUGGCUGAGUUGAUGGGUGAUGAUUAGACAUUGCGUUAUGAUACCCCAGACUAAGAUAUGAAGACGUGCAUGAUAUAGUGUGUUAAAAAACAUUGACAGAGUCCUAAGCUCACAGAGAUGCCUUGCU